AUGGCUUCCGUCCAAACACAGACCAUGUCUGCCCCUCACACAUUUACAACCGUCCUUCGAGGACACGGGGGGCAAAACAACCCAAUGCCCAAACCCUCGACGCGGUCCACACGUGCCAGCAAACCUCUUCUGGCCUACUCCCCCAACAUCGCCCCAGCGCACCCAGACAUCAACAUGACGCUGCUCCGCAACAAACUGAUCCUCACCUGCCGGCAUUACAUCCCUUCGGCGUUGCUCCACGAAGCCGUGGCCGACGGCAUCUGGUCCUCGGCUUCACGCUGGAUAACGCCCUCUUCGCAAGCCGCGUCCAAGUACGGGAAAAGGAAGAGAUACUACGUCCUGCAGACCGACAGCUUCACAUUUCAGCCCGUCAGCUCCGCAUGGGAAGCGCGCAUCGUAGCCGACAGCGCGCCCAUUGACGCCGGCAACGGCGUGGUCAUCUUCGUCAAGGAAAGGAAAGAGUGGACGGCGUUUAUGCGCGGGUACAGGAGGCAAGGGAAAAGGGGUGCUGGCCAACUGCUCAAGGAAAAGCAGCAGAGUGUGGAGCGGGGCUGGAAGGAAGAGUGGAAGAGGAAGUGCGGCUUGAGCGGUGAAGGGGGCGACCUGUCAGGGAAGGGGAGUGCGAAGAGAGAGGUCAACGCAGGGCCCAUGUGGGUGCUUGUCAAGAGCGCUGUUGGCAGGAUCGUAAGAGGCGAAGCCUGA